AUGUAUAUUUGUCCAUAUUUAGGAUUAUCAUCAGGCAUAACUUCCAAUGGGACUAUCACACCAACAAACACUACCUUCGGUGGGACUAGCACACCAGCCACCACAGCAUCCGUCACCACCUCCAGUGGGACUGACACACCAGCCAACACUGAGUCCAUCACCACCUCCGGUGGAACUAGGACACCAGCUGACACUGGGCCCAGUACAACCUCCAGUGGGACUAGCAUAACAGCCGACACUGGGUCCAGUACAACCUCCAGCGAGACUAGCACAACAGCUGAAACUGGGUCCAGCACCACUUCCAGUAAGACUAGCAUACCAGUUGACACUGGGUCCAGUACAAUCUCCAGUGGGACUAGCACGCCAGCCAAUACUGUGUCCAGUACAACCUUCAGUGGGACUAGCACACCAGCAGGCACUGAGUCCAUCACCAACUCCAGUGGGACCAGCCCACCAGCCAACACUGGGUCUGGUACAACCUCAAGUGGGAAUAGCACAACUGCCAACAAUGGGUCGAGCGGAAACUCCAGUGGCUCUGGCACACCUACUCCAACUGGAACCCACACAACUUCAAAUAGGAUUAGCACAAGUGCUGCUACUCUCACUAAUGAGAAGCCUAGUGGGUCCCUGAAGCCAUGGGAAAUCUUCCUCAUCACGCUGGCCUCAGUUGCAAUUGCCGUUGGACUCUUUGGUGGGCUCUAUGUCUGUGUGAGAAACUCCCUGUCACUGAGAAAUGUCUUCAACACUGCUCUUUACCGGCCCCAUGGCCCCAACCUUGGCCCCGGUCCUGGAGGGAAUCAUGGAGUCCAUCAUAGGCCUAGGUGGAGCCAUAACUGGUUCUGAAGGAGACCAGUAUGUUCAGUAGCCGUGGAGAUGAGUGAGAGAGACAACCACCCCACCACAGAUGACAUGUCCUCCUCAACCAGUCUGCUCAGUGUCACAGCAAGUCCAACGUCCUCCCCAACCACCCAGAACACAGCCAGUAAGACUAGUAAUGCAUCCUCCGUAAGCACCACAUCAAACCCAACAAGUGACACCUCCACAUCAGACACCUCAACCACAGCCACCAGCACAGGUGACACGUCCCCCUUGAGCAGCCUGACCAGUGUCACAGCAAGUGCAAAAUCCUCUCCAACCACUCAGAAUACAGCCGAUAAGACCAGUGAUGAGUCCUCGGUGACCACAUAUAACCCAAAAAGUGACACAUCCUCAUCAGACUCCUCAACCACAGCCACCACCACAAGUGACAUCUCCUCCUUGAGCAGUCUGACCAGUGUCACAAGUGGGACACCCACCCCAAACACCCAGAACACAGCCAGUAAGACCAGUGAUGUAUCCCCCUUGACCACAUACAACCCAAAAAGUGACAUCCUCAUCGGAAACCUCAACCACAGCCACGACCACAGGUGA